GCAUUGACUUAAAAUGAUCAUGUUUUUCCUGCUACUAAUAGGAUGAUUACGCCGUUAUAAUUUCUAUGAUCUACAUGUAUAGCCUAUUAGCCACCAACAGAACUCACCCACAACAAAAUAUCUCAGGCCUGACAGUUGGAAAUGAAGACUGCUGUGCACUUCCAGUGUGUACUACACAUGCUGAUCCUAUGUUUUCUUAUAGUGAAAGGUAUAACACCUUUCGUGUCUCUGACUGUCGAGGGGAGUCUGGUUGGUGAACACUGUCCAGGAACAGUCAGACUGUUCUGUAAGGGGAUGGAUCUGACUAUUUUAAGAUGGAGAUAUAAUGGUGGAAAUGGAAUCUACUCGUUUUCGACGACUGAUCUGCCAAUGAUCCCAAUUCUGUCUAGUCAAGGACCUUCUUUUGUGUCUGUAGAGUUACUUAAUGUUACGCAAAAUCCGAAAGAUCCAAGAUUUGCACAAUUUACUUCAGCUCUAUUUGUGGAUAUUGCUCAACUUCAAGCUCAAAAUGUAGCAAGUAUCAAUUGUGGGGACCCUGGAACAAUUACUACCGAACCAGUUAAUGUGAUUACUCUCCAACCGUCUGUCCCUAAUAGUCCUGUGAUUACUGCUGUGACUGCUACCUAUAAGUUUGGCCUUUUGAUGACCCUUGAAGUAUCAUGGAUGGAGUUGGAAGAAGUUUGCCUGGAAUUCAAGGACUCGCUUGUAUACAUGCUGAAUCUAACUAGUCCACUAUCACCACCGACUGUCGUUGAGGCUGACCGAAUUAGUUGCAGAGGCGGAAUGUGCGUUGGACUAUUUUCAAAUAUUUCAGAGAAUGUAGUAGAGGAGUACACUCUGUCACUGAGUGCUAGAAAUGACAUGGGAUUAAGCGAAGACUCUGCAUAUCAAAACACAAUACAGCAACAAAGUGAUCAAUAUUUUACUCCUGAAAUCUUGAAUUCUACCAGCUGCGAAAUAUUUGUUCGAUGUGUGUCAAGAGAUACAAGUCUAAACAAUGCUACAUGUUCUGUGUCAUAUGGUAUGAAUGCCAGCACUGCCACUUUUCUACUUAACACAAAAUUACGUAUUAAUGAACUUCAUCAGUCAGCUGCAGUAUCACACUUGUUCGUAUUCUCAUUGAUGGUUGAUCACAUUUUAAGAAUAAAUGUCAUCAAAGAGACGAGUAUUUCAAGUUGUGAGAGAAAAAUAAAUAACGCUGAUAUCGCCACUACAAUAUUGGUCGCAAUUUCCACAUCAAUUUUCAUGGGUGUCAUGAUGGUGCUUAUAAUGUGCUUCGUUGGAAUUAAGCACUGUAACAACAGCAAGAAGUCUAAAAAGUGUCCCAACAGUGUCCUAAAAAUGGCAAGUCUUUGAGCAAACUGUGAUUUGCUCCAUGGACAAAGAAUCCUCAUGUACGAAACAAUUUGUAUGACUACACCUAUAUUUAGCAUAUUUUUCUAUAAAUAUUUUUUGACCGUAGAGACUUGUGUCUCAAUAUUUUCUAUUUCUAUAUUGCUAAAUCCAUGAUACACA